AUGGCACACUCUACUGCCCAACCCUUCAUGAAUCUUCCUACAGAGGUUCACCUCCUCAUUGUCGAACACUGCGACCACGCGUCGAAGGUCGCCCUGCAUCAAACAAGUCAAUAUUUCCGCGCCAUCGUAGAUGUCCACCCUCCGGGAGACGCUGCCCAGCAGGUAUCGUUCCUAAAGGGCUACGAGCUCUGGCCACAGAAUACAAACAAACACGAUUGCUUCAAAUGCCGCACGAUGGUCCCGGACGAGGGCUUCGACGACGGCCAGACAACAGGCAGCUGUGCCAAAAACGGCACCGAAGCUGAGAUGCGCCUUUGCAUCCGGUGCGGAUUGUUAAAGCGCCUAUACAGCGCAGUAGCGCCAGUUUCGAUUCGGGGCAAGACUUAUUACAGAUGCGUGUCCUGUCAGGGUCUCCAAGGAUGGGGAACUCGCUGCGCUUGGUGUUGCAACUGCAGUAAAUGCCUUGGCUUUAAGAAGUUCGAAGUGGUCCAGGCAGUUCGCUGCCCGGAGUGUGGUUUAAUAGCAUGGCUUCACGAUGUCGGGCCGGAAGGCAUAGCUCCUGCUCAGGCUGCUCAAACGCACACUUCUGGCGAUGAUACAGGUAACGGGAGCAGCACGCAGGAUUUGGAGAACAAUUUCAGGAACCUUCUGGUUUGA